GUGACAGCCCCUAAAGGGGCGGGGUAUGGAAAAGAAGACGAACGUAGCCGAUAGCAAACAAGACUGGCAAGCAAGUAGGAAUUUUCUUACUAUUCUAAUUGUCCUCAGUUUUUCGGGUGAAGAACCACCAAACAGCGCCUUUUUGGUCAUCUGAAAGCUAUCCCGGUAGUGAACAACAGAGGAAGUCUGCCUGUUUCCCCUUUGCGUCCAGUAACUAAGUCAUCAUGUCAGCCCCAGGUUACCCAUCCCCUCACCAAGGUCCUGGAAGUUACUCCAUGGCCCCAUACCCUGUUCCUCAGGGGGGGUAUGGUGACCCUAACCAAGCUCCACCACCGGUUGGCUUCCAUAUGGGUUACAACCACCAACAACCCCAGCCAGGCCACCCAGUUAUGUACCAACCUGGACCAGUAGGCCAGGGCCCAGGUCCUAUGCCCAUGCCUGAAUAUGGUGCACCUCAGAUGGGUCCUAGCCCAGGCUAUGGUGGUCCCGGGCCCGAAUAUGGUGCGCCUAACUCAGGGCCUCAUGCAGCCAUCUCCCCAGCCCCUGCAGGAGUUGUGCCAGUUGGAGUUCCACCUGGUCUGGAGUACCUAACACAGAUUGACCAGAUCCUUAUACACCAAAAAGUGGAGUUGCUGGAAGCGUUCAUCGGCUUUGAGACCAACAACCAGUACGAGAUCAAGAACAGCCUUGGUCAGAAGAUCUACAAGGCCAAAGAGAAGAACGACUGCUGCACGCGCAACUGCUGCGGCGCCCUGCGCAGCUUCGACAUGAAGAUCAAGGACAACAUGGACCGUGAGGUCAUCCGCCUCAUACGACCCUUCCGCUGUGCCUCUUGCUGGUGCCCCUGCUGCCUGCAGGAGCUUGAGGUCCAAGCCCCGCCUGGCACCACCAUAGGCUAUGUGUCCCAGGACUGGAACCCCUGUGUGCCCAAGUUCUCCAUCAAGGGGGCCAACAAGGAGACCGUGAUGAAGCUGGAGGGACCCUGCUUCGCAUGCAACUGCUGCGGGGACGUCAACUUUGAGCUGACGGGGAAAGAUGGAGGCAAGCCCAUCGGCCGCAUCAGUAAGCAGUGGAGUGGCCUGCUAAAGGAGGUCUUCACCGACACAGAUAACUUUGGCAUCCAGUUCCCCCUGGACAUGGACGUCAAGAUGAAGGCCGUGCUCAUGGGCGCCUGCUUCCUCAUUGAUUUCAUGUUCUUCGAGAAGGUCGGCGACAUGAACCAGCGCAACACAGUCUUCUCGUAACAAAGGAAAAAGGAGGGAAAGACCGAGCGCUUGAUUCAAUGCACUCUGUUUUUCGGUUCCUGUUCGGAACCCGCUUUUUUUUCAGAUUCCGGAUGAAACUCCUUCCUUAUUCCAAAGCUUAGAGGAAGCUGCCAUUCCAUGCCAGUCCCAGAACUCUUUUUGUGAAACACCGCAUGAGACCUUAUCUGACGAUGAGCUUUCCUUUGCGCCAAAAUUGCCUUUCUGGACUGUUUCUGUCUAUCCGUCACAAUGUAAGAAUCAGCAAGGUUUUCUUUUCUUUUUUUUUUCUUCUUCAUAUGUUUUCUUUUAAAAUUGAUUUAUUUUAUCUGUAGUGUGGGUUUCAGUACAGUAUAGAUGGAAAAGUACCAGUUUUAUAUCAACCUAAAUUUACAUUCUUAAAUCUACAUUCCAGAUUUUUUGGGUGGCAACCACUUGAAUAACAUGCAGUUUAAGAAGAAAUAUUAGGCACUACAUUUUGUGAUUUCUGUUUUGCAUUGAUAUUUAGCAUCAUGUCAUUCAUAAGCCAAAUGUAUAUGUUAAUACAUGUCCAUCUUUCUAAACCUGAACCAGCCAGUAUUACUGUAGUGAUCUUGGUAAUUUCAUGAUUUAGUCUAGUACUUAUAAAGAGAUUGUAGAAUUUGCAUGUACAAUACUAUAGUAACUAUACCAGCUAACUAUACCACCGUAUCAUAUUUUGUAAGACGAUCAUGCCCAUAACCAUACUUAUGAGCUAUGGUGAAAACUAGUCGUUUGAAAGACUGUGACACUACCAGUAAUGGGAGAAGGCUCAUUCUGACUAGGAAUGCUUGUGCUAAAUGUGUAGGAAAAUCGGAUAGUUGUAGAUAUGUUUAUGUAUUCUAAAGUGCUCUUUCUCUAGCCUUGUCUCAUACAGUAUGUGUAACUAUGUUGUCAUGCCACACAGAAGAGUUGGCUACAGCACAUGCAGUAGAGGUCAACGAGGCUGCUCUUUCCCUGCCUCUUUUCUCUUGGCUUGUCUCCCUGACUUUGUGCAUUGUUUGCGGUGUGCAUGGUCUGUUCGGUUGCUAUGGAGACUGUCACUCCUUUUUCUUCUCUAGAGAUGAAAUCUGCCAGUAGAAACCGAAAGGAAGAGGGGGAAACCGGAAAAAGAGAUGUGGGUAGAUAGAGGGAAAUAGUGGGUGGGAGAGAACAUUACUGAACAUUGAGGUCAGGCGGUUAGCCUCUAACCGCCUGGAAAAUAAGAGUCAGGAAAACACUUUACUUUCCUGUGUAACCAUGCUAUUAUAUUAGUGAAAGGAUGCCUUACCAAUUGUGUUGGGAAGUAUACUGUACUUACCCGGCAUAAAUCCUUAAUGGCUGUUUAAACAGAUUUGAAUGUCUGUUUCAAUGUCCACUUGCAUACUACUUAGAAUGUAUGGCCAAUACAUUAAUACAUUCUAAGUAGUAUGCUAGUAUGGACAUUGGAAUGUUACCAUGUGAUUGGGAGGAGUAAAUUAACAGUUCAGUGGAACUGUGGCGCAAAUGUUGCGAAGAGUAGUCGUCCUUGGAACAAAGCGUUAAGUCUUUAACCUUUAUGUCACUUAUUGGUGUGUCUCAAGUUACCAUAGAGAUGGAUAGAGGACUCUUGUGCCCAAAAGCCUGUUUUAGCAUGGGCAGUGCCAUUGAGGACUUUCACCAGUUGAAGUAGUUAACUGGGUGGGACUUCCUAUGGGUUAAAGAAGGAUCACAUAAUUCCAUCUGGGUCAUCAGGAGGGAUCAGCCAGUUAAUUAUACUCGUAAGCAAUCAUUCCACAGCUGCAGGUGACAGUAAAUUGCAAAUAUUGGCUUUAUACCUGUUUAAACACAUUCCAGGUUGCAGUACCCUUUCAAUUUGUUUACUCAUAGAAGGAGUAGACAAAGAAAAUGGACUGCUUUAAAGAGUGACUGUCUUUAAAAAGCAAGGAAGAGCUUUGAAAACAGCUUCCAUAUGAGUAAGUUAUUCUAGUGUCAAACUUGACUACAUAGUGUAUAUAGGAUCAUUUUGGUCAUAAAGUCAGUCUCGUCUAAAACUGAGUUUGGAACAACGGGUAAAUUAAUGUUGGGAUUUGAUGAUGUCCAUUUGCCCACUAACAUGGGGUGAACAGCUUCAUUGAUUGCUCUCUAUCCAAUAGCAUAGACAGUGAGACAGACCUGUCCAGCAGCUCCGACUUUAAGACGACACGUCGCAUAUUUAACUUGCGAAAUACUGCACCAAACACCUUUAGUUAGAUGUAAAAUUGAAAAAAUAAAACAUCCUCUUCAAAAACGUCAAUUAAUUAGAUCUCUUGAGUUGAAUCUUUGAUUCAUUCUUGGGAUUUUGAGGAAGUUAUAUGGACUUCUGCGUCUGCAGUGUCUCAUGGGGGGACAAACAUCAUUAACCAAACACCAAAUCGGUCAGGAAACACACCUCCAAGACUAAAAUCACAUUUUUCUAAUGAGCAACAGCAAAACACACGUGCAAAUCAACGUGUUCAGUAGCUCUUUAAUGGAGAUGCCCAUGCGCUCACAGAUGCCAUAUCACAGAUGCCAUAAUGGGACAGAUACAAAGAAGAGUCCUCUAUCAGUCUCUCUGGUCUAAAUGGAUAACGUGUCCCUGGGGGGGGGGGGGGGGGGGGUUCACAAAAGUGCCUUUUUACAUCCCAACUAACUUCACUGUCAAAAUGUCCAAAUUGUUUCCCUAUUGUAAUGUACUACUUUGGGCGAGCCAUUUUGGACUCACAAAGUAUCUGUCGAUGACUUCUCCAAAGCCACUAUCAUGAAGCAUUGAAAUAGUGUCAUAUUGCUGUUUCAAUUUAAUAUAGGCUAUACUUUAUACAAGGUGAGAUUGUAUUAUUGCCAUUACUGUACUCUGUAUGUGAUAGCUUAAUGUUCCGUUUGUGUGUAAGCAUGACCCCUAUAAAGGAAAUGGCCAAUG